CUAGCGCUCGCGCCGGCCGACAAGCGCAGCCGCGGACACUCGGAACUACCGCUGCUUGAUUUUGUUUUGAGCGAGUCCAGUUGGUCUGCGGCACGGCGGGCGGUGCACGAGUCGAACCGUUGACACGCGAGCCGCGUCUGCGCCCGCGCUAUCAGUGAUUCGGUGCAACGUAACAUGAGCGGGUCGCGUCACGGCAGGCGCCGCGCCUCGCCGCACUCGUCGCGCUCGCACCGAUAACAUCUGCAAAUCCGAUAUUUAGGCCGGUGAUAUCGCGAUAGGGUUCGAUUCGGAAAGGCGCGACGGUCCGUCGGCGACGUGCCGCGCUGCCAUGUGAUCGCUCCCCGGCCGACGGGAGCGAGGAUCGAACAAAAAAGCAGCCCGCUAAUGUCUACCCCUCGCGGCCGACACAAAAAAGGGAUAAAAAGGUUAUUCCUGGAAUGCGCACAUGUGGACGCCGGGUAACAGUGGUUGCCUCCGUUGACUGCCAGUACCGCCACGAUGCCGCGCAGAAGCAGGUGGAUGCAUCUGGUGACGGGGCUCGUCGCGGGCGUCACGCUCGGCGUGUUCCUCAAGCUAUGCCUUCGCAGCGGAUCGCGUACCACGAUGGAGCCUUGUCCGGAGGCGGCGCGCUCUAUCUCAGACCUGGACCCUCUUAACCUCGUCGGGCUCGCCCCCAACGAGACUGUGCAAAACUCCAACAGAACUUUAGUGUUUGUCGGUGUCAUGACGGCUGAACAAUAUUUGACGUCGCGAGCCAAGGCAGUGUACGAGACUUGGGGCCAGGAGCUGCCGGGUCGAAUCGCGUUCUUCAGCUCAGAGGUGUCGCGCGCGCCGGACCUCCCGCUGAUACCAUUGAAAAAUGUGGACGAUAGUUAUCCGCCGCAGAAGAAGUCGUUUUUGAUGUUGUUGUACAUGUACGAGAAAUAUGGCGACAAGUUCGAGUGGUUCAUGCGUGCUGACGAUGACGUUUAUGUGAGAGGUGAUAAACUAGAGGAGUUCUUGCGUUCAGUGGACAGUCGGAAGCCUCAGUUUAUUGGGCAGGCGGGUCGAGGCACUGGUGCUGAGAGGGACGCUUUGGCUCUGGACUACAAUGAGAAUUUCUGCAUGGGUGGUCCGGGAGUGUUGAUAUCGCAGGAGACUCUCCGCAGGGUAGCGCCGCACGUCAAGUAUUGUCUGAAGCACCUGUACACCACUCACGAGGACGUGGAGCUGGGCCGCUGUGUCGCCAAGUUCGCUGGCGUCUCCUGCACAUGGAGUUACGAUAUGCAAACGAUCCUGCACCACAAUGGUAGCGGCGAGCUGGCGUACACCAGCCGGCUGAAGACUCGGGAGGUGCACCGCGCCAUCACCCUCCACCCGGUCAAGGAUCACCGCCAAAUGUACAGGAUACACACUUACUUUAAGGUAAGUCUUCACCAGUCUAGGUGGAGUAACGGUAUUUGCGAAAUUGUUGGCAGCAGUUGAAGAAACAGAAUGACCUGCAUAGCAUUAUCUAACUAAG